AUGACGUAUGUGGCUGCCACGGAUCGAACGACAAUUGGGGGCGAAGGCGAGGUACCCGGUGAUCAACUUCAACAUCUACAGCAGGAAGUGCAGCAUGAAGCGCAGCACGAAGCGCAGCAAUACCGUCGUGCUAUAUACGCUUUGAUUGAAAAGAUACGUCACUGCGGUGAUGAGGAGCUCCAAGAGUUACUGAGAUCCAUCAGAAACGCGGAUAGCCUGGCUGAGGCCACAGAGAAAGCGGUUGCUCUUAAGUAUUGUUGA